UAAGCCUUAAGCUGCAAACUGGAAAGAGUUUAAAAAAAUAUCAAUACUUUUGUAAAUAAGGAUCAGCACGGUAUUCUGAGAUGGAAUUAACGCAGAACUGCACGAUAGAAAAUCAUUCACUAUAUCAAUUUUUCUCCUCUAUCAUGAUUCUGGAGUUUGUACUAGCUCUGCCAUUGAACAUAACUGUUCUGUACAUAUUAAUCUUUAAAUUCAGGUUCUGGAGAGGCAAUGAUGUCUUCCUGCUUAACCUUGUUCUGGCAGACUUACUGCUUCUGAUCUGUUUGCCAGUGAAAUUGGCUGCCUACAAACAAGGCUUGAGACGGAGCAAAGAGAACAUGGUCUGCAAGGCGAUGCUCUUCAUGCUGUUCCUCAACCGAGGGGCCAGCAUCGCCUUCCUGACCGUCAUCUCCGUCGACCGCUACUUCAACGUGGUUCACCCGCAAAAGAAGAACUUCCUCAAAGCCCUGAAGAGAUCACCUCACAUUUCGGUCCUCAUCUGGUUGCUCCUGCUCCCCCUCACCAUUCCCACAAUGCUCAAGGCCUUUGAGUGCUGCAACAGCCACAAUCGAGGCGAGGAGGACAAUUUCACCGACACUUUGAGGGAGGUCGUGUUCUUCACGCAGAUUCUCAUCCCUUUCUUUAUCCUGGUCUUCUGCACCGUGCAGGUUGUACGGAGGCUGAAGAGGAAGACUGUGGGGGACAGGACCAAGCUUCGCAGGGCUGUGUUUCUGGUCACCUCAGUUGUGCUGGUUUUUUCCUUCUGCUUCUUGCCGUGCGCCAUAUCUAGAAUGGUGCUACUGAUCUUCAGAGUCCAAGAAAUGUUUGACGAAGAAACGACAGCCGUUCAAGUAUUCGACGGGCUCAUGGUCUUCUCCUACAUGGACUGUCUGCUGGACCCUCUGGUGUACUGCUUCUGCAGUGCACGUUUCAAGAAACUGUACAUAUCAAACAUCUGCCCAUUUCUGCUGCCCAAGAAAAAACCCAAACCUGAGACAUCGCAGACAGCAGAAACACACUGUGAAAGGAGCUAGACAAAGGAAUGUCACUCUUUGGAAUUUCUGGAACUUUUUGAGCUGGAACAGUGUGCUAAAUUUAUAUCUUACAUUGUUUCAAAUGCUGUAUGUAUUCCCUCAUUUUAUGUUUAUUUCCAUUGAACAUUGGUAUGGAACUGUUUUGCUACUGUUAACUAAGAGUAAAGUAAAAGUAAGUUAACUCUCACUUUUUAUAUGAUCUUAUUACAUGAUAAAAUACUCAAUGCACAAGUAUAUUAAUUGAAAGGCAUUCUCUGGGCAAACAUAUUCAUGAAAAUAUAUCAUUUUAAAGCUUGUUUCUAGAACAAAGUGUUUUACUGUACAUCAAGAAAGUAACAUAACCUCAAGAAAGAAACAGUAGCAUGCUGGUCUGUAACAUCUACGUUCAGCAACUAUACAGAAGACACCUGACCUCCUAAAAAGUAGUGUGUGAUGGCAGAUAAACAAUUUCAUAAUUUAAUUUCUAAAAUGUAGGUAGCCGAGGGCCAGGUUGACUAGUUUUAGCACAUGCUUUUGCACACACAAACCACUAUCUAUACCAAUGAAUUAAUAAGCAUUGGUGUCGCUGGAACUUAGCCGAUAUGUUUCGCACAAUCUUUAUUACAAUUGUGUUCAAGAAAAUAGCAGUACAACAUCAGUAACCAGUAGCCACUGUUAUUAGUAGUAGUGAUAUUUCUGCAUGGCAAAUACUUUACUUGUAGAUGUAGUAGUGUAAUAGAAAAACAAGAGACCCAACUGUCAUGGCAUGCAUGCUGCUUGUUCUGAGUAAUUGAGUUAUUCAUUGAAAGGGGCCUGUUCAAAAUCAUAGCAGUGUGGAGUUUAAUUAGAGAAUUAAUUCAUUCUGUGAAAAAACAGGUGUCAUCAAUUGUCCUUUAUUAAGGUAGAAGGGAAGUAAAUGUUUCACACAUUGUUAUAAAAUAUAUUUCCUUCUUAAUUGCUAAGUAAAAUGGGCCAUUCCAAACCUUUUUCAGAGGAAUCAACAUUUGAUUACAAACUUGAUUGGAGAGGGGAAACCGUGUAAAGAUGUGCAGCAAAUUAUAGGAUGCUCAGCUAAAAUGAUCUGAAAUGCUUUAAAAUGGCAACAAAAACCAGAAACAAGCGGAAGAAAAUGAGCAACUACUGUUAAAACGGAUGAAAGAAUAGUCAGAAUGGCAAAGAUUCAGCCAUUCAUCAGCUCCAGAAAGAUCAAAGAUGAUCUACAAUUACCUGCAAGUGCUGUCAGAAAACAUUUGUCAGAAAACAUUUGAUCGAAGCUAAGCUAUCAGCAAGAAGCGCCCGUAAAGCACCAUUGUUGAAAAAAGGGCAUGUGCAGGAUCGAUUAAAAUUUGCCAAAGAACACAUCAAUUGGCCCAAAGAGAAAUGGCAUAACAUUCUGUGGAGAGUAAAAUCGUUCUUUUCGGGUCUAGUGGUCGUUGACAGUACAUCAGAUGACCCUUGGGUACUGAAUUCAAGCCACAGUACACUGUGAAGACAGUGAAGCAUGGUGGCGCAAAAAUCAUGGUAUGGGGAUGUUUUUCAUACUACGGUGUUGGGUUUGUAUACCAGGGAUCAUGGAUCAGUUGGAAUGCAUCAAAAUACUUGAAGAGCUUAUGCUGCCGUAUGCCAAAGAGGAAAUGUCCCUGAAAUUGGUGUUUUACAAAGACAAAGACUGCAAACGCAUGAGUAAGCAAGCAACAUCUUGGUUCCAGACAAAAAUGAUUGAAGUAUUGGAGUGGUCAGCUCAAUCCCCUGACCUCAACCCCAUUGAAAACUUGUGGGGUGAUUAAAAAUGCAGUUUCUGAAGUAAAACCCAAAAAUUCACAGGAACUGGUGAGUGUAGUUUAUUCAUCCUGGGCUGAAAUGCCUAUUUCUAGGUACCAGAA